AUGACAGAGGUAAAGCCUGCUGAGCUCAUCUUCAUCUGUUUCAUGCUGUUUCACGGUUUUGUAGCAGCAUUGAAUUGCACCAGCCCAACUCCUGAUUCCUUGUUUGAUGCACUUAAAGAGGAAUUAUUCCAAAAACAACUGGUGCGUCCCGUGAAAUAUUUUUCAAAUCCAACUAACGUGACCAUUGAUAUCACUGUGGUGGGAGUUUUAGGAUUGGAUGACAAGGCUGAAACCCUUACAACAAUCUUAUGGCAAGAUCUGCAGUGGAACAUAGAGGGACUGAGCUGGGAGGAGGAGGAAUGUGGAACCAAAAGAGUCUCUGUCCCUCGAACAAAUCUGUGGGUCCCAGACAUCCACAUUACAGAGCUUACGAAAGAGGACACAACUUCCCGAACUCCCGACGUCUACUUACACAACACAGGUCUCGUUUUUGAUAGUAAACCAACCAGAGUGGUCACCACUUGCCAAUUAAUAAUCUACACUUUCCCCUUCGAUAUCCAAAACUGUAUGCUGACCUUUGGAUCAUUUCUACACGUUGAUACGGACAUAAGGAUGGUUCAAGGCUACUCGUCAGAAGAGAUUCUGGCGGAGUCCAGAGCCGUGUUGGAGACCAAUGGGGAGUGGGAACUCAUAGAUAUCGGCGUUAGUAAUUUUACCUUGGUGUUUGGUGGGGAAAGCUACUCUGAGAUCAUAUACUCUCUCAUUCUAAGACGUAGGUCACUCCUCUAUGUGGUGAACCUCCUGAUCCCCAGCUGUUUCCUCAUCACAGUGGACCUCUUCAGUUUCCUGCUGCCUCCCCACAGUGUGGACCGAUCCUCCUUCAAGAUGACCCUCAUCCUGGGCUACACAGUUUUCCUGCUCAUCAUGAACGACCUGCUGCCUUCCACUGGCGGAAGGACACCCCUCAUCAACAUUUUUUUCUCUAUCAGUCUCUCUUUGAUGGUGGCCAGCCUGCUGGAGACAGUGUUUAUCACUUAUAUCCAGUCCAGGAGCUCCAGCCAGAACAGUGAUGUGCCUCGCUGGCUCAAUGUUCUCGUGUUAAAUUAUCUAGCUGCUGUCGUUUGUCUUCCUCCAAAGAAAAAGAGCAACCAAAUCACUGUCUUUCUCCACUCAUCUAAAGGUAUGAGUCCGGAGAGGCUCACACAGUCUGAUUCUGAGGAGUUAGACGUGCUUACCAUCAUGGAGGAUGACUUCCGGGAGCCGGGCCGACAUCAUCAGUCUGCGCCCAGCUAUGAUGAACUAAAGGCGGGCGGCAGUAAACUAAAUGAGCGUUUUCUGCAGCACCACGCGCCACCCCCGCUCCGCAAUGUGACAGAGAUUAAGCAGAGUGGCUACGGAGCGAUGCCUCGGGUUGAGGACGCAUUAGCGAGCUACCUUUCUCCCACCCUAGCGUCAUCCCUGAAGCCGCUGGUCUGGGUCCAGGACGUGGACGUCCCUCAGGCCCCUCGAGAGCUUCUGCUGGAUGAACUAAGGAAGGUGAGCAGAGAUCUCAUGGCCAUCCGCCACCAGAUGGACAAACACUUCCAGGGGAGCAACACCUCGCAGGAAUGGCAAAUGAUCGGGAUGGUCAUUGACCGUGUGCUGUUCGGCUUGUACACUGUCUUUAUUAGUGUCAGCUUCAUCACCAUCAUCAGUAUCUGGAUCUCGAACAACUCGUACGAGGCACAAUCUACCUAA